CGCCCCUGCCCCUGGACGCCGGAUUGAAUGAAGUGCCAUUGAGCCGGCGAGAGGAGCAGAGCGGGUCCCGACUCUCCGUUCCCUCCUUUGGGGUCUGCUCUCCCCAUCUCCUUGGAAGAGGCUCCCGUAGAGACGGGAGAGGAGCAGCAGGAACCCCGUUAACAUCUGCAAGAGAGAGAGCAGCAGCUGGCACGCGCUGCCUCCGGGGACAGAAGCUGCAGCCUCCUUGAGCCUCUUCUUGGAACGACAGCCUCUGGAUGGACAAGGUCCCCUGACAGCAUCCUUCACCCAGCAUCCUUUCCUCCUUUGGGUACCACCAGCAUCCUUUCUCCCAUCCACCUACCUUCAUCCCAGCAUCCAACCUCCAUCCCUUGGGUACCACCAGCAUCCUCUGCUGUCCUCCUCUUCUCCGCUCUUCCAUCGUCUUCUUCCCCCUUUUCCUCCUCUCCUGUGGGCCACUGGGGUCCCCAAACCCCUCUCCUCCCUCCAGCCCACCUCCAGCCUCCCUGAGGCCCCUCCACAGCAGCCAAGACGCCGCGGGCUGUGCUCCGAGUGAAGAAUGGGACAUCGAAGCUGUCCAAGCCGCCGCCGCCGCCAGCGUCCGAAGCCCCCGGAGGCAGCGGUGGGACUUCGGGGCUUUUCAUGGAGCGGUCGCAGAGCCGCCUCAGCCUGUCUGCCUCCUUCGAGGCCCUGGCCAUUUACUUCCCCUGCAUGAACAGCUUCGAUGAGGAAGACGCAGAAGAUGGCAGGAAACUUAAAGGCGCUAUCCAGCGAAGUACUGAAACUGGCCUGGCUGUUGAAAUGCCCAGCCGAACCAUUCGACAAGCUAGUCAUGAAUCCAUUGAGGAAAGCAUGAACAGUUAUGGAUCUGAAGGAAACUUGAAUUUCAGUGGCGUUCAUCUGGCAUCUGCUGGACAAUUUAGCGAUUUCCUGGGAAGUAUGGGGCCAGCACAAUUUGUGGGCCGCCAAACCUUGGCCACGACAUCCAUGGGGGAUGUGGAAAUCGGCUUACAGGAGCGAAAUGGACAACUGGAAGUAGAUAUCAUUCAAGCCAGAGGAUUAACCCCAAAGCCUGGCUCAAAAACCCUCCCAGCUGCUUACAUCAAGGCCUAUUUACUAGAAAAUGGGGUGUGCAUUGCAAAGAAGAAGACCAAAGUGGCCCGGAAAUCCUUAGAUCCGCUGUACAACCAAGUGUUGCUCUUUCCAGAGAGCCCACAAGGCAAAGUACUGCAGGUGAUUGUUUGGGGAAACUACGGACGUAUGGAACGCAAACACUUCAUGGGAGUUGCUCGGGUUCUUUUGGAAGAACUGGAUUUGUCGUCUUUGGCGGUUGGCUGGUACAAGCUUUUCCCGACAUCAUCCAUGGUGGAUCCUGCAACCGCUCCAUUGCUGCGCCAGUCCUCACAGCUUUCUUUGGAGAGCACAGUAGGACCUUGCUGCGACAGGUCUUAAUGAGCAAGAAAGGACUGAGGGACUGCUUCUGUUUUUAAAGUCAUGCUGUCAAGGUUUUGUUUGCCAGAACGCUGUCCUCAGGCACAUUGCAUCUUCAACCAGUCCUUGAGGGAGCCUGAAGGUGAGGAUAGCCAAGUAACCUUGGGCAGGAAACGGGAUAGAGGCCAGUGACCUUUCUACACCCAAGUAGGAAGAACAGCAGGGCAUGAAUCCUAAUUGUGGAAUGACAUACACAAGACAUACCUUUUUUGUUUCUGUUUUCCACUGUCAUCCAUACAUCCUUGCUUCAGAGCAAUGUGAAAUCUUGAAAAAUUGCAGCAACUUUUUAAAAUUGGGGAUGGUGUUUUCCUUUUCUCAGUGCUGUUUUACAAAUUUGAAAAAAAGAGGACUUUUGGCAAUUCUUAAAUAUUGAAAAGCAAAUAUCAGUCCUAAAAGAAAUAGCAGUUUCAGGGAAACUUUAUGGGUUUUGUAAACUGUUUUUGUUUCCUUUUAGAGGUGGGGCAGGGAGACGAAUCUGCAACACUCUUUAGAACAAGUUCCAUAGUUCUAUUUGAUAUACAAAUGCUGUUGCUGGAUUUUUUUACACUGUGCCAAAUUACCAGCAGUGUCUUCUACUACAGGACUUAGGCCAACAAUACUACAGAAGCAUUUUUGCUAGAAGUAUAUACUUUAAUUACAACAGUAAGUUCUAAUACAAAGACUGUAGCAAGUCUAGUAGCUGGAAUGUUGCACAGAGAAUAUUGCUGAAAGCAAACAGGAAAUCUUGCAGAAAUAAGAUUUGCUAGUACUAGCCAAUUGUUAGAUAUGAACAUUUUACACACACUCAUGCCAUAACUGACCUCAGCUUUUGCUUUCUCAUAUUCCCAUAUUCAAAUCAAGCUUUGUAUUUUCUGCUGCAUAUCUUGUGAUGUGCCACAUUGCUCUGGAAUGCAGAUUGGUUUGAGGUAGCAAUAUUUUAUUCUACUGUUGCGAACAGAAUUCUAGUCUUAAAGGUUAUGUUUUCCUUGAAAGAGGGAUAUUGCAGAAGGUGACGUUCUAUUUGUCACCUGGAAGACGUGCUUAGGAGAUCUUGUAAUCUUCAUAGAUAAAGGAAAAGAGUGAUGCAUCGAUGCAGUAUUAUGUAUAAUACCUGUCAGGUGAAGAAACAUGGAAGGAGGAAUUGGGUUUUCAAAAGCUCAGACCCAAAAGGCAGUCAAAGACUUAGAAGGGUAUUUUCACAUGUGAUACUAAUGGCACUUUUUAACUCCUUGCAAUGUGAAUGAGUUUUAAAUGAUUGGAAAGUGGGGGAAUAACAUUGGCAUUUCUUGUGGCAUUUUGUCUAUAUGCAAAUCCCUGAAUAAUAUUUGUGUGUGACUUAUGUGUACGCAUUGUGCCCAUGCUGCGUUAUUGCUCUUCCAUCUGGCACAAUUACUCACCGCGUUGUAUUCAUUCUGGAUUAAGUAAAUAUGGGUGUGUCUUCAAUUACACUAACAAGAGGGUGAUGCAGCAAGUAAAGCUUUACUUUUGAACACAGCUUAAUAGAAAUCUUCUGAAGCUGUAAUGACUACCAUCAAGGGAUUGCAAGCGGCAAAAGUGACUUCCUGGGUCUCUUACGCCAAUGUCCUGGUCACUGAAGAUGGGCUUUUGGGAUUGCAUUUAAAUGCAAAAAAAGAAGAACGAUGUAAAUACUUUAUGUUAACAUAAAGAUAGGUAUACAUGUAUAUAUAUUCUGCAUAGAGCUAUAAAGACACUAGUUUUCAACAGAGUAAUCCAUGUGUGCUAGAGCAGUUGGGUGAUUCAUUUGACAGUGCCGAAUGCACAGGUGAAUUAAUACAGCUUAUCUGGACACAGCUGUGUCUGAAGUUUCUUCAAAGAGUGAUUUUAGAUGGUACCUUAGACUCUAUCUGUAUUUAAAUCUACUUUUUGUACCUGACUAGCCGUUUCUUUUUGUUCUCAUUUCUAACAAAGGUUUUUAUUGUUGCUCUCUCACAUCUGUCUUUCUUGUUUGGAUGCCAAGGGAGAUUUUAUUUGACACUCUUAAGAUGCCAAGUCCUGAACUGACAUUUAGAAACUGUCUGGAAAUGGCUUCCUGUCUUGUUAUUACAGCACAGAGUAAUAUCAAGGCUCUCCGUGAACUAUGAAAUAAGCAUGGCUAAAGCAUGACUAGCUAUAGAAUGAAGCUUAGACAGUCAUAUAUUAUAGGUAGCGUUUUUAACAAUUUGGGACAUAAUGACUGAAGUUAGGCUCAACAGUAAUGAGCUAUGCUAGAGGAAACUAAUAUAGACAAUAAAAUAAUGAAACACUAGGAAUUUUAAGUCUAGUAAAGUCAUAGACGUUCCAGAGUUUUAGUCUGAUUAUCCUCAUUUCUUCUAUGCCUGUGAUUUCCAUGUAAUUCCUUUUCUGAACCAGCUUUUUCUGCAUUUGGGAUAAAGGAAGAUAGUUGCAUGCUGGUCAAAAUAUGUUCUGACUCUUUGGAUUUUAUACAGAAAUUAUACUCCAGGCUGCCACCUCUUCAUAUUUGUGUAGUCAGUAUUGGGCAGUAUUGUACAAUUUAACUGUGAAUUAAAAUAGGUUGGGUUAGAUUUAGUGGUUGGUGGUAGCCAUUAACACUUUUAAAACCUUAUCUUCAAAUGAACUAUGGAGGGAGGCAAACACAUUCCAGACCUGGGUAUUAAGCUGCAGUUGUUCAUAUUGUUUAAAGAUGUGUAUGUUGUUUCAGCCAGUCAUGUUUUGUAUGUGUCUGGCAGUCAGUUGCUCAUUCUUCCUCAAAUGUUGAUGGGGACCUAGGAGUAAAAUGGCUGAAAUAGAUCUCUGCUAUCAUAACCUGUUGAUACAUCACAACAAUAGACUUGGUUCUGAAAUGGCUGCAGAUUUUGAAAAGGAGCUCAGAAUUAAGACAUCCCACAGAACCAGUUCAAAUACAAUCCUAUAAUGUGGAUGAACAGAGGAAUAAUUUGUUUCAAAUAAAAAAAAUACACAAAACAAAAGGAAUAAUUUGGAAGUGACCUAGAAUUUGUUCUUUUAAAAUACCCAACACAUUUCAAUAUCUGGUGCAUAACUCUCUUUGCAAUUCAGAUGAAAACUAGGACAUGUGUGGACAAGCAACAUCAGCAUGUGGUUAAGAUGGCAAAAAUUAUUAGUGAAAAAGGGAAGAUAUAGCAAAAGAGCUUCAGCAGUUUGCUUUUGCCUAAAGCUACUGGGCAAGGCCCCUUUCUUCCUGUGCUCCCAAGUGUGCUUUCAUUUUCCAUCCUCUGCAAAACCCUUCAAUUUUACUGGAAACAUGUGAGCCAGCCUGGAUUCAGCAUUGGAGUAUAACUCCAGGGACUAGGAUUUGAAUUCUGUUGAGCCAUAGAAACCCAUUGAGUGACCUUGAGCAAGUGUCACUCUCUCAGCCUCAGAGGAAGGCAAAGACAACCCCCAUCCUGAAAAAAACUUGCCAAAGAAAACCCUUGAUAGGUUCACCUUAGGGUUACUGAAAGUCAGAAAUGACUUGAAGGAAUACAGCAUCAAAUCUUUGCUACUGAGCUGAGUCCAGGGUGGGAGAAAGAGCUCUUGUCUGUUGGAGGCAAGUAUGAAUGCUGCAAUUAUGUGAAUGUUGCUACUGAGCAUUAACUUCUAAUAUAGUAAUGCAAAACAACAUGAAAGUACCAUUAAAGUCAUACAUAUCAAUAACAUAAUAGAGCACCAUUCCUUCAUGAGCAUCCCUGCUUCUCUUAGGUUGCUAUGAAGAAAAGAAAGUCCUUGCCUUUGUAGAAGCCAUUUUAUCCUUGCCAAAACUCUUGUUGAACAAUGUUGUGCUGGAUUCACAUAUGAUCCACUUUUUCAUUUUCAGUAAGGACAUCAGUGCAUACAGAAAGUACAUAUAUUUAUAUCCCUUUCCAGCCAAAUUCCUGCCUGUGCCCUCAAAAGUUGACCCCAAAAGUAGCAGGUCUUGCAUCUAAACUAAGCUUGUUUUCAACAGGUGAAAUGUUUCUGCAUCCUCUUUUCAACUGGGAUACCCAGAAAUAGUUAAGAAACUCCUAACGGAGCUGAAAUGAUUGUGCUAAAAGGAACAUCCUAUUGAGUCCCAGUCUGGAUCCUCUUUUCUUCUGUGUCCGAUUGCACAGUCCCAAAGUGUUCCUUUACAUCUUCAAGACAUCCCUUUCUCUACCACAUCUAGCAAUGCAUUUGUAUGAGUCAUAUGCUUCUGAAACUAACCCAAAAUUUUAGUGGAGUAGGGUAGCUUAUUGUGUAGCCUUUACAAAAAAUUCUUGGGACCCUUUAGGUCUAACCUCUAGUUGUCAUUUUAGCUUUGCAAAGCAAGUGUUUUUCACAUUUUAAACCUGAUAUCUUACUGCCUUUUAAAGGUUUAAAACAGAUUGGUGUCUAUCUGUACAUUUUAAUUGUUGCUUCUUUAAUAGGGAAGUAGUAGCUGUGUUUGGAAGAAUCAGCAUGUGUCCGAUAGGUGACUAUUUGUGAGCUCAUACUUGCGCCCUAAAUUUGGCAGCUUGUUAAUGGGAAGAUCUAAGGCUUGGGCACGUUUUGUGAUGGCACCUGUUUUUUAUCCUCUUUGCUCUUUGGUUUAAUAACUGUGACCAUUACAUCCCUAAGAGCAAAGCACUAUCUCCCUCAGCCAUUGUCUUGAGAAAGAGGAAAAUACUGGCAAUGAGAUCUAUUGCUCUGUUGUUCUCUUCAGAAGGGAUGACUGGUCUCAUAUCCACAGUUUCUUCCGAUGCAAAUAUAGGUUUUCCAAUUCUCUGUACUUUAUAUUCCCUUUCUCCAAAUGCAUAUGGUAGAAACAGAGAGAAAAGCAAAGGUUCUCUUAGGGUGCACCUACACAGUAAAAUAAUGCAGUUUGACACCACUUUAGCUGCUAUGAUGCAAUGCUGUGGAAUCCUGGGAGUUGCAGUUUGGUCCCAGCCUUAUUUGGCAGACAAAGCUAAAUACCUUGUAAAACUACAGCUCCCAUUAUUUCACAGCCUUGAGGCAUGGCAGUUAAAGUGGUGUCAAACUGCAUUAAUCCUACAGUGUAAAUCCCCCCUAGUUAUGAAGGUUAACCUUUGAAGCACGUAAGUGUCCAUAAAGAAGCAUGUCAACAUCCUCUAACAUAAAACUAUUCUCAUUACACAGGACGUGUUCCUUACCCUCCAACACGUCACAGAUUAACACUGGGAAAUAUGUGGUGAAGAAACACCAGAGUGUGGUCAAGAUCACUAAAGUUAUUAAUGAAAACGCACAUGUUAGGGGAGUCUGCAGUGGUUUGCUUUUGCCUGGGUUUCCCGAGAAGGACAGGUUUCCAUCUCUUUCCCUCUCCUACCAGCUAAAUGAAUGUGAAGUAGUUUUGCACUUUGAGAUCAGUUUGCAGCAAUGGAAGAAAGUUGAGGGCAAAGUGGGGAGGUGGAGGAACAGAGAGAAGUUGCAAUACUUCAAAAGGUGCAGGAAAAAGUGGGGCAACACGUGAAUCGGGAUUGUCCCCAGAGGCAACUGGAGGAUAUGGUGCUCAGGUGCAUUCAGGAAGUCUCUUUUUGGAAUAAAGAGUUGAAUCAGUAUUUCUAGUGCCUGUAAACACCAGAUCAUUCUUCCGAUAUAAGCAGAGCUGUCCUUAAGGAUCAGGGAUUAAGCAAACCAGCCUGCGCUUAGCUCAACCCAUGCUUCCUAGCUUUUGGGGGAAAGGACUUUUGGAGGAAGAAAACCUGAUUUGUGAAUGCUUUUGUUGUACAUAAAUAUACCUUUUUAAUGUUUUUAAUACUGGAUCCCUUAUAUAUGUACUAUUUAAACCAACUUAGGUCUUCAGGCUUAAGGAAUGUCAUUGGUUUAUGUAUAGAGCAAAAUGCUGUGGAUGUUGAGGCCGUAAGAAUCUCAAUGUAAAGCAUGUUUAGUUGUAACCACCUUGAAGCGUAGGACAACUUUUUUAACGAAACUUAUUUUAAGUUAUUUAAACUUAAGGUAUUUAAUAAUUUUGACACUGGAGAAAUAUUUUCUUUAAAAAUAAAAAAUGCUGUAUGUUUUUUUUAAACAAAUUAUAUAAUUUAACCUUUUUUCAAGGAAAAUGAUAGUCUCUUGAUACAAUAUGUAUUCAUGGCUUUUCCUGAUCCAGAUAAUUUAAGACAUAAAAAUAAGUGGAAAACAAGCUAAUCACAAUGGAUUCAAUGGAACAUCCACACGAUUAACAUUCUUUGAGUUAGGGUCUUAUGAAUUUAGCAUUAGAUACUCUGUAUUAUAUUUUAUUAACUUGUAAUUCCCCCAUUCCCCCCCCCCCCAAAAAAAAGGAUGUAAAUAGCUGUCAGGAAUUAGUCCUAUAGAAACGUCACUUGAAACUAUCAUUGUUGUUAUUAUUAAUAUUGUGUAAGAAUAUAUUUGCAAUUGAUCAUUACAUCUCUGCUGAAGGUCUUUGCCUAAGAUCUAAGCCUUUCUUGAAAGAAUUGAUGUUGUAUUUUCAACAUGAAGAAAACAAAUCUACUUAGCUAGUUUGUCAUAAUCUUGUAUUCUGUAAACAAAACAAAAACAUCUUUUUAUAAAGAGAGUCUGAAUAGGCAUACAAGCAAUAAUAUAUUCCCUUUGUGAUGUGCGGGUGGCCAUACCUGGUACAGUACGUGGUGACAGUCUUGGUUCAUAGGGCCAUCAGCUCUGGACAGACCAUAAUAGCAUUGGUUAUCUGGAUAAUUGUGAAAAAAAAUAAAAUUGGAUAGUACUAUGGUGAUGGUUUCAUCCAAUCUGUUUCUGUAAGCAAAUACAUUUACUGGCCAUAAAAUUUUUGUAGUAGACUUUCAUGCUACAGUUGUCAAAAGGUUCAAUAUGAAGCUCACAGAUGUACGAGGUCUCCUUAUUUUCUGAUAAGUGUUGAGCAUUUGUCACCGUUGUUUCGGGUACCGUCACUGCCAAUGUUUUGUAUUCUCAAACUGAUGGCUAUUCUGCCCUCUAACGGCAAAGAUGCCUCAUUGGAACUAAAAGGAGAUGGGUUUCUUUUUCCUGAGCUGUUGUUCCAUCCUUUGUUAUUAUUGUACGUGAUACCACAGUCGGGAAAUACAUGCACCUUUAUAAACUAUAAGCCUAGAUUGAGAUGCAAACCACUGAAAAUUAUAGUAUUUAUAUGUACUUUUAUGUGACGAAAAAUAAUACUGUGAAGAAUAUUUUGCUUAUCUGCCUGCUUAAUGACAGGAAACAAAAUAACUUUGUUUUAACUUACUUUCAUCAUAAAUUUCAUCCACACAGUGAAAAAAAGGAAUUAGAUUCCAAAAAGUUCUAAAGUUUAGCCUCAACUAAAGAAAGUAGCAGGUAAACACCAAUGGGAUUUAUCAAAUUGAUAAAACACAUUAUUCUUGCCAAUAUGUUGUCUCAGAAUGGAGACUUGGCCCACCAGUUGUUUGUGACUACAGCUCCCAUAAUUUGGGGUAAAACUUCUAAGAUUCCUGGAGGGCCAAAAUUGUGAUACAGUUCUUGUGGUUCUGAUCAUCUACCCAGUAACCUUAAGAAAUAUUAUAGAACAUAUUUUCUUUCAUGGAUUGGUUAUGGAUUUGGGAGCAGUCAGUGAAAUUCAGAAUACUGAACCUAGAACAGAGGCCAGCAACUACUGGUCCCUGGACCAAAUCCAGCCCCACUGCAUGUCUCCACCUGGCUUUAUCUCCAGUUGCCAACCAGGAAAAAGAGCAGCAUGGAUAGUAAAAAUAAAUUGAAAUGACAAGUUCAGCAUCCUAAUUUGGUUGACACACAUAGUCCAACCUGGUUAGACCGAUGCUUGUUGGCUUGCUGCUAUAAAUUUCCUCUUUUAGGUAUUUUUUUCCAGAUUAAUACUGAUUAUAAAUUUACAUAGAUAGCCAACAGAGACUCAGAUGACAUUUAUGUUUCGUCUCUGGAUGUGUUCAUGAUCUUGAUUAACUUCUUUCCUUCAUAGUGGCUUAGGCUGGCUCUACACUGUUGGAUUAAUGCAAUCCAACACCACUUGAACUGCCAUGGUCCAAUGCUGUUUUAUCUGGGAAUCAUAGUUUGGAGAGGAAUCAACAUUCUUUGAGAGAGAAGAUUAAAGGCCUUGUAAAACCACAAUUGCCAAGACUUCACAGCAUUGUGCCAUUACAGCUCAAGUGGUGUUACACUGCAUUAAUUCUACAGUGUAGAUGCACCCUUAGUAAUGAGGACUAACUUUUGUUUGCUAGAUGUGAAGAUAGUGGAAUAUAUUGUAUUGGAUAAUUCUUAAACUGGGAGGUAUCUGUUUUCUUGCGGGAUAUUUCUUUCCCACUAGCAUGCCUACCUUUUUUUAGCAGUUUUCUUCCCCAUGGCUCAGCAGUUUAACAAGUGGGCACAACUGGGCAGCAAGAUACUUUUCAUCCUUAUAGUGCUAGAAUUUACCUAUUUUUACUUCUUGGGAACAUAUAGUGUACAACAUAAGAUCUCUAAAAGAUUCAAGUGUCCAAAGGAAGGUUUCAUCUUCUACUAAAAAAAAACCUGCUGCAAUUUUAAUAAGGUGCAUGAACUUCCCUGCUUGGGAUUUCUGUGGCAAAUUGCCCUGUACACAAUAACAACGUUGUACAUGCAGCAAAAGUGUGACUUAGCACAUAGUGUCUGGCACAUUCAUGUUGGACACUGUCCGUUGUCUUUAAGGGAAGAACCUAAUGUGCUGUUUUCCUUUGUCAGUUUUAUCCAGACAAUACACAAUGGUUGGAUAAUUUAGUGUUAAGCUGAUGAAACUGUUGAAAAUAACAAUAAAACCUUUUUUUAAAAAAAA